GUCUUUUGGCCACAUCAUGUGGAGCCGAGCUUGCCUCAAAAUCAGCAGAACCAUCAUCGAAGUCUUCUCCCGUCAAACCCCUAGAACCUGCAGCAGCAGUUGAAGAUCAGUCGUCAUCCAGUCCUGCCAAGAGAUCACCUCAAGGAGUACGAGUUCCUGGAGCUCAGCAACAUCCUUUGCAUUUGCAACAUUUGCAAGGAUAUGCUAGUGCCAAUCCGAAUGCAGCGAGUCAGCAGACUCAGGGACCCCUUUUGAUCAGGGCUGCACCACAGCACGCCCAGCAGGGGGGCCAAGGACAGCAGGGAACCGAAAUUAGGGUUCCUCAAGAAUAUCUGCAACUCCUGCAAGAACUGCAAUCGGCUCAGCAACAACAACAAAGCGCAUCGCAACCGGCUGCUCAACACAGAUACGUAUUACCAAGUCAUUCUCAAUCUGCCGGUUCCGGAGCGCCAGUACAAUACGCUCACGCUCCCCAAGUUCAACUCGUAUCAUCUGGAGGCAGUCAACAAGGUCCAUCAACCUACGCCCUUCAACAGCAACAACACGCACAAGCUACGCAACAGCUGCAACAAAUACAACUGCAGCACAUACAACAACAACAGCAGAUCGCUGCCUUACAACAACACCAACCUCAUCACUAUCCAAAGCCAAGACCUACGUCAUCUCCUUAUGUCUCGCAAGCGACCACAGCCAUACCUAGACAUCAACACAUAUCUGCUUUAGCUGACUCUACAUUCGAGAAAGAAUUGGCUCAAUUGGUAGCUUCGAACAGAGCACAAGAACAAGCUCAACAACAACAAUCCGCUUUGAGAGUUAAGCAGUACCAACCAAAAGGAAUUUCAGCUGCUGCACCAUCUCAGCAUUUAUAUCAAGGACAGCAAGCUCAAUACUCUUACAUAAGUGAGCAAGAACAGCAACAAGGUAAUCAAAUUCCACAGUACGUACAUGUUCCCCAGCAACAACAGGCCCAACAACAAUAUGGUUAUCAAGAUAUAGCCCAAGGUGGCCAAUCAUACGUUGCCCCUAAACUAGGCAGAAAGCCUACUGCUCAACCCAUAACUCAUCAGUAUUUAGCAGAAACUACAGGUUUAUCUGGCAAAGCUAGCUACGAACAACGACCUCAAUAUGCAGUACCAUCUCAAUCCCCAUACGCUGUGCAAUACCGAGUGCAGCAACCAAUUAUAUCUCACCAACCAACUACCAGAUAUCAACCACAAGCAACUGCGGCAUCAAAAAUUCCUACAGCUUCUCCCGAAGAUCAAGAAUUCUUGAAAAGUCUCUUCGAAAACCAAGCACAAGGUUUCUUCCAAGGCGCUAAGCAACCUCAUCAGCAGCCACAAGCUUCCAGAUCUUCUAUAUAUGUUUCUCAAACUCAACCUACUUCAAAAAGCUUAAAACCAGAAUCAAGCCAAGACAGCAGCCCAAACCAACUUCCUCCAAUCAGAUUACCUGGUCCCAAGGACCGUCCUUUGACUCAAGAUGAAUUCCAAGCUUUAGUAAAUGCCGGAUAUUCUGUGACUCCAAUUCCUGUUCCAGUACCAGUUCCAGUGCCAGAAGAUAAAUAUAAUCAACAGAAAUACCAACAACAACAACGCGGAUAUGCACAACCAGAACCUGAAUAUCAACAGCAGCGAUACCAGCCAGUGCAAAGUGUUGCUCCUAAGGCAGCAAUCAAACAGAGACGAUUGGUGCGUCCUCCACAAGGUUACAGGUUGAAUGAUGAACAACCAAAUGCGUCAAUUACCUACUUGGUACCAUUAGAUCAAGAACAACAAAACAGGGAAUACUCAGGAAGGUCGGAACAAUAA